GGUUACCACCUACCCUGGGCAGGAUCGAGUAGUUGCACUGGUGGACAUGGACUGUUUUUUUGUCCAAGUGGAACAGCGGCAAAAUCCUCAUCUGAGAAAUAAACCUUGUGCAGUUGUACAGUACAAAACAUGGAAAGGUGGUGGAAUAAUUGCAGUAAGUUAUGAAGCACGUGCUUUUGGAGUCACUAGAAACAUGUGGGCAGAUGAUGCUAAGAAGUUAUGUCCAGAUCUGCUUCUGGCACAAGUUCGAGAGUCCCGUGGGAAAGCUAACCUCACCAAGUACCGGGAAGCCAGUGUUGAAGUGAUGAAGAUAAUGUCUCGUUUUGCUGUGAUUGAACGCGCCAGCAUUGAUGAGGCUUAUGUAGAUCUGACCAGUGCUGUACGAGAGAGAUUGCAAGAGCUUCAAGGUCAGCCUAUCUCAGCAGACAUGUUGCCAACCACCUACAUUGAAGGAUUGCCCCAAGGCCCUACAACAGCAAAAGGGACUGUUCAGAAAGAGGAGAUGCGAAAACAAGGCUUAGGACAAUGGCUUGAUUCUCUCCCGUUGGAUAACAUUGCCUCUCCAGACUUGCAGCUCACCGUGGGAGCCGUGAUUGUGGAGGAGAUGAGAGCGGCCAUAGAACGGCAGACGAGCUUUCAGUGCUCUGCUGGGAUCUCACAUAAUAAGGUCCUGGCAAAACUGGCCUGUGGACUAAACAAGCCGAACCGUCAGACUCUGGUUUCACAUGGCUCAGUCCCACAGCUCUUCAGCCAAAUGCCUAUUGGCAAAAUCCGUAGUCUUGGGGGAAAGCUAGGUGCUUCUGUCACUGAAAUCCUGGGAGUAGAAUAUAUGGGUGAACUGACCCAGUUCACCGAAUCCCAGCUCCAGAGUCAUUUUGGAGAGAAGAAUGGGUCUUGGCUAUAUGCGAUGUGCCGAGGGAUUGAACAUGAUCCAGUUAAACCCAGGCAACUACCCAAAACCAUUGGCUGUAGCAAGAACUUCCCAGGAAAAACUGCUCUGGCUACUCCAGAUCAAGUCCAGUGGUGGCUUUUGCAGUUAGCCCAGGAACUAGAGGAGAGACUGACCAAGGACCGAAAUGAUAAUGACAGGGUAUCCACCCAGUUGGUUGUGAGCAUCCGUUUCCAAGGAGAUAAACGUCUCAGCAGCCUGCGCCGCUGUUGCUCUCUUACCCGCUAUGAUGCUCACAGGAUGAGCCAUGAUGCAUUCGCUGCCAUCAAGAACUGUAAUACCUCUGGAAUCCAGACUGAAUGGUCCCCUCCCCUCACAAUGCUUUUCCUCUGUGCUACCAAAUUCUCUGCCUCUGCCCCUUCAUCUUGCACAGACAUCACCAACUUCUUGAGCAGUGACUCAAAUUCUCUGCUAAAGCUUCCAGUUACCAAUUCAGAAGCUAGCACCCAGGGAAGUGGCCCAUCAGUGACAACCACCAAGAAAGCAACUAGUUCUUUGGAAUCAUUCUUCAGAAAAGCUGCCGAAAAGCAGAAAGUCAAAGAAGCUUCACUUCCAUCUCGUACUCCCACCACUCAGAAUCCCACGAACAAUUCACCAUCCAAACUCUCAGCGUUUUUCCAAAAGAGUCAGACCAAGGGAAUUGAGCCCUUUUUUAAGCAGAAAUGUCUGGAAGCCCUAAAGAAGCAAGCACUUCAUAAUCCUUCAGUUUCCUGUCUGACACCAAAUCCAGAUUAUGAAGAUGUAUUGAAACCAGAAUCCUCUGAAACAGUUUGUGCAGAGAUGGGUUUGGCCCAGAGCAGCCCAAGCAGGCUUGCUCCUUUCACUUCCAAGUCUGCGGUGGACGUGGCUCCAAAGGCAGCUACUACUCCGAGUUUGUUGGAUGCCGAAGACCAAGUUUCCUGUGACAAGUGUAGCUCCCUGGUGCCAGUAUGGGAAAUGCCAGAACAUAUGGACUAUCAUUUUGCAUUGGAGUUACAGAAAUCCUUUUCACACCCUCAGUCCCCAAGCCCCCAGGUGGUUCCUGUGGUUUCUCCUCAAGGCAAAAGAAAUCCCAAGAGUCCUUUGGCCUCCAGUAAUAAAAGGCCUCGGCCUGCAGGCAUGCUGACAUUAGAAUCAUUUUUUAAACCUUUAACACACUAG